AUGUCAGCCCUCUCAAAAUGGGCAAGAACUGCUAUCCGCAAAUCUACUAUCUACAAACCACCCUACCAGCCCCUCCGUUUCCCAACAUCGGGAUUUGAUAUCUUCCCGCCUCAUAUAUGUCUUGAGGAAGAAAGUAAUGAUCGUUUCAAGAGUGGAAAGUAUUUGCCGGUUAAUAUUGGAGAUGUGUUUGCAUCCAAGUACCAAGUGAUAGGAAAGUUGGGAUUUGGAGUUAGUUCUACUGUUUGGCUUGGAAGGGAUCUUUUGUAAGCUGGACGUCGACCCUGUAAUGAACAAUGGGGUAAAUCAAAGCUAGGAAUCGUGAAUAUGUUUCAUUGAAGAUAUAUGCUCGUAAUGAGGAUAUAAAAAAUGAAUUUUCUAUAUAUCAACACAUAAAAAAUGCGAAACGGGAAUCUUGGACCGCGCAUCCGGGCGCGGAUUACGUUCGAACUGCAAUAAACACCUCUAUCAUCCCACGGGCUGGAGGCGGUCAUAAUUGCCUCGUCCAAAAGCCGAUGUGGGAGAGUUGGAGCGAUAUGCUAUUUCGCAUUCCUAGUGGUCGUUUUACGGAAGCUCUCCUUAAAGCAGCCCUCAAACAACUUCUUCUCGCUUUGGAAUUUUUGCAUACUGAGUGUAAGAUUGUUCACACAGGUAUGAUGAAACCAUGAGUUAUUUACGGAUGUGACUGAUAGCACAACCCUUAGAUAUCAAGGGGGACAACGUACUUCACGUCAUAAACGACCCAACUCUUUUAACAGACUUCCUCGCAGCCGAGCUACAAACCCCUAGUCCGCGUAAAACAAUCGAUGACCACACAGUCUAUGCAUCUCGGCGCUUCGGAUACCCAAAGAAGCAUGGCAUCGCAGUAUUGAGUGACUUUGGCUCUACUGUCCUCGUGAAGAACAACGAACGUAGAAAUUGGAAUAUCCAACCAGAUAUCUAUCGCGCCCCGGAGGUAAUGAUCAAAGCAGACUGGAGCUAUACUGUUGAUAUUUGGAAUGUUGGGUGUGUGGUGUAG